ACAAAUAGUGUAGAUAAAACCCAAGCCAAUUCAUUUCCCACACCCCCCAAAGUCCUCAACCACAGCCCGUCACUCUGCAACUCGUCUCGAGAGGAAGCUUGGAAGCUACGAAAUUACUCAACAAUGGAGAGAGCCACUCUAUUGCGCUCUUCCCUCGCCUGCAACAGACUCUUCUCCUUCCGCUCCUCUACCAGACUCGGCCUCUCUCGCUCUUCUUCUUCGUCGUUUUCGUCUUCUUCUCCGAGAAACCACCGCCACAACCGCCAUUUGAUUGCCAGCAUCACUGGACGCUCCUUGCUCCGCCGACACUGGAUAUUACUCUCGGCCUCGUCUUCGUCGCCGUCCUUCUCGCUCCGUCGCGAGAAGCGGUUCUCGACGCUCUCUCCACGCGCCGUCGGCGCUCCUACUCAGUCUCCCUCAGAAUUUUCGGAGGUUCAGGAUGAGGUUGCGGAGAAGCUUGGAUUCGAGAUAGUGUCCGAAGAGUUCAUCGGAGAGUGUAAAUCGAAAGCUGUGCUUUUCAGGCAUAAGAAGACUGGAGCUGAAGUCAUGUCGGUGUUGAACGAUGAUGAGAACAAGGUUUUUGGCAUUGUUUUCCGUACACCUCCGAAGGAUUCCACCGGGAUUCCGCACAUAUUGGAACACAGUGUGCUAUGUGGGUCAAGAAAGUAUCCUUUGAAAGAGCCAUUUGUUGAGUUACUGAAAGGAAGCUUGCACACUUUUUUGAAUGCUUUCACAUAUCCCGACAGGACUUGUUACCCAGUUGCUUCCACCAAUACGAAGGAUUUCUAUAAUCUCGUUGAUGUAUACCUAGAUGCUGUUUUUUUCCCUAAAUGUGUGGAGGAUUUCCAGACAUUCCAACAAGAGGGUUGGCAUUAUGAACUCAAUGAUCCUUCAGAGGAAAUUUCUUAUAAAGGGGUCGUUUUCAAUGAGAUGAAAGGAGUCUACUCUCAGCCUGAUAAUAUAUUAGGGAGGACUGCUCAACAGGCUCUUUUUCCUGACAAUACCUAUGGGGUUGAUAGUGGAGGCGAUCCGAAAGUUAUUCCCAAACUUACAUUUGAAGAAUUUAAGGAGUUCCAUCGAAAAUAUUACCAUCCCAGCAAUGCCAGGAUAUGGUUUUAUGGAGAUGAUGAUCCAAAUGAGCGCCUGCGUAUCUUGAGUGAGUAUUUAAAUAUGUUUGACGCAAGUUCAGCUCCGAGUGAAUCAAAGAUCGAGUCGCAAAAGCUAUUUUCAGAGCCAGUAAGAAUUGUUGAGAAAUAUCCUGCUGGUGAAGGGGGUGAUUUGAAAAAGAAGCACAUGGUGUGCCUUAAUUGGUUGCUUUCUGAUAAGCCCUUAGACUUGGAAACGGAACUUACCCUCGGAUUUUUAGAUCAUCUUAUGUUGGGAACUCCUGCUUCUCCAUUGAGGAAAAUCUUGCUGGAGAGUGGCCUGGGAGAUGCCAUUGUUGGUGGUGGGAUAGAAGAUGAGCUCCUUCAGCCUCAAUUUAGUAUUGGGUUGAAAGGUGUUUCGGAAGGUGACAUUCAAAAAGUAGAAGAGUUGGUAAUGAAUACACUUAAAAAGUUAGCAGAGGAAGGUUUUGAUGCAGAUGCUGUGGAGGCAUCCAUGAAUACAAUUGAGUUCUCUCUUAGGGAAAACAACACCGGAUCGUUUCCCCGGGGCUUGUCCCUAAUGCUCAGAUCCAUGGGAAAUUGGAUUUACGACAUGAAUCCCUUUGAGCCAUUAAAGUAUGAGAAACCCUUAUUGGCUCUAAAAGCCAGGAUAACAAAGGAAGGUUCUAAAGCUGUAUUUUCUCCUCUAAUAGAGAAAUUUAUUUUGAACAAUCCUCACUGUGUUACAGUAGAGAUGCAGCCUGAUCCAGAGAAGGCUUCUCGUGAUGAAGCAGCUGAGAAAGAAGUUCUGGAAAAGGUUAGGGCAAGCAUGACAGAAGAAGAUCUUGCUGAGCUAGCACGUGCUACACAAGAACUGCGACUCAAACAGGAAACUCCUGAUCCGCCAGAAGCUUUAAGAGCUGUUCCAAGCCUUUCUUUACUGGAUAUUCCCAAGGAACCCAUACGUGUUCCCACAGAGAUGGGAGAUAUAAAUGGAGUAAAAGUUUUAGAGCACGACCUUUUCACCAAUGAUGUCCUUUACACAGAAGCAGUUUUCAACAUGAACUCGCUCAAGCAAGAGCUCCUUCCUCUAGUCCCUCUUUUUUGUCAGUCAUUGCUGGAGAUGGGUACAAAAGACUUGACUUUUGUGCAACUUAAUCAGUUAAUUGGAAGGAAAACGGGAGGAAUGUCAGUUUAUCCAUUAACAUCAUCUGUUCGGGGUAAGGAGGAUCCUUGUAGCCAUAUAAUUGUUCGGGGUAAAGCCAUGGCAGGGCGUGCUGAAGACCUAUUUAACCUGGUCAAUUGCGUUCUUCAAGAAGUUCAAUUUACAGACCAGCAACGGUUUAAGCAAUUUGUUUCCCAAAGCAAGGCGAGAAUGGAGAACCGUUUAAGAGGCAGCGGCCAUGGGAUUGCAGCUGCAAGGAUGGAUGCGAAGUUAAAUAUUGCAGGGUGGAUUUCUGAACAAAUGGGUGGCGUCAGUUACCUGGAAUUCCUGCAAACUCUCGAAGAGAAAGCUGAUCAAGACUGGGAGGGAAUAUCUUCAUCUCUUGAGGAGAUAAGAAAAUCCUUACUAUCUAGGAGUGGAUGCCUGAUUAAUAUGACUGCAGAAGGGAAAAAUCUCAAAAGUGCUGAGAAGCAUGUUAGCAAAUUUCUUGAUUUGCUUCCUGCCAGCUCUCCUUAUGAAGCAACAACAUGGAAUGCUCGUCUUUCCCCUGGAAAUGAAGCAAUUGUGAUACCUACUCAGGUUAAUUAUGUUGGGAAAGCAGGUAAUCUUUAUGAGACUGGUUAUCAGCUUAGUGGAAGUGCAUAUGUUGUCUCGAAACACAUCAGUAAUACAUGGCUGUGGGAUCGUGUUCGAGUUAGUGGUGGGGCUUAUGGUGGUUUCUGUGACUUUGAUACUCACUCAGGCAUAUUUUCUUUCUUGUCUUAUCGCGACCCCAAUCUAUUAAAGACACUUGAUGUGUAUGAUGGAACUGCCGAAUUCCUACGACAAUUGGAAAUGGAUGACGAUACUCUCACGAAAGCCAUUAUUGGGACCAUAGGAGAUGUGGAUUCGUACCAGCUUCCUGAUGCCAAAGGUUAUAGUAGUUUGUUGCGGUAUUUAUUGGGAGUCACAGAUGAAGAAAGACAAAGGAGACGUGAAGAAAUACUGUCAACCAGCCUGAAGGACUUCAAAGAAUUUGCAGAAGCAAUUGAGUCGGUCAAAGACAGAGGGGUUGCGGUUGCAGUGGCAUCACCGGAUGAUGUCGAUGCUGCAAACAAGGAACGCGAUAAUUUCUUUCAAGUAAAGAAGGCCCUUUAAUAACAAAAUUCUGCAGAAACGACAGGCAUUUCAUUAUUUUCCAUCAUACCCCUGGGCGCUGCCCAUAGAACUUUCGCUCACUUUUUUCUCUGUCCUUUCUUAUUCUAUAGAAAGCAAUGAAGAUGAGUGGGACAGAAACCAUUGAGCAUGAACAACAGGGUGCUAUUUGUAUUUCUAAUUUUUUAACAUUAAAAACUGGCCCCCAAUUUUGACACCCCAAAUAUGAGCUUAUACUUUUCUGCAGGGUUCCAAUGGAGUCAAAUGAUACAAGUUUUUUUUUCACAUAUAUAUAAUUGCUAGUUCCAUAUUUUAUAA